CAACUAAUCGAGCGGCUCAGAUCAUUCCAUUUAAUCAUCAACAGAAAAGAAAAAACCCAAAAAUUGCAAAAUAAAACGAGAAACGAAUCCGACGCAAAGCCUCUUAACCCUGCUUCGGAGAAUCUCGAUCAAUCGAUUUCGAUUAGUUUCAGGAUUGAUUUGUGUACAUGGCAUCAGCAGAUGAAGCAGUAGAUAUAGAUGUCUUGGAGAGGCGCUUACUGUCGGAUUCAGUUUCAAAUGAGUAUAAUGAAACUGAUGAUGAUACAGUUCUUUAUCAUGGGUCGUUUGAAGAGAUGGAAGAUAACUUUGUGAAAUAUCAAACAGCUCAAUGGAUUCUUUAUUCCAUACUUCUGAUUUUGGCAUGGGGAAUAGGAAUCCUCAUGCUGCUUUAUCUGCCAAUUCGAAUAUAUGUCUGUCGUAAGGAUUUCCGGUCGAGGAAGCUGUAUUUGACUUCUAAUGCUAUCGUUUACAAGGUCACAAAACCUGUAGCUUUUCCUUGCUUUGGGGUUUUGAAGAAAGAGAAGCAUGUGAUACUUCCUUCAGUGGCUGAUGUUGUAGUUGAACAAGGAUAUCUGCAAUCUUUAUUUGGUAUAUACUCGAUCAGAAUUGAAAAUACCGGCGUGCGAAGGCCUGCCAGUGAUGAUGUUAAGAUACACGGAAUUGCUCAUCCGAGGGAUUUUCGACAGGCUGUUCUAACACGCCUUUCAAGUAUGAAGAGCGAGUGUUUCAGUCGGCAAGCUUCCAUAAAUGAAGAUCUACGUAUUACAGCUUCUGGUUCUCUACCCAGUGCCUCGGUGCCCCCUCCUGGAGAGUUGAUUUUAGAGAAGCUUGAGGUGGUUGAAAGUUCUGUGAAGAGAGUACAAAAGCUAAUUGAGAAGAAGGCUCAACCAUCUGAGCUCUAAUGUAAGAUGGACCGACUUCAUGCGAACAAGGUGGCUCUCGCGCUCGACUUUUCUCGCACAACAGCAGCAAUCUAACCAAUCGAGAUAGAGGAUUAUCACUUUGAUACAAAUUGUUUCUCU